CUUACUCAAAUUAUUGCCCGGUUUGCUGCCUUUUCUUGUUCCAAAGUUAAUUUCUCUAAAUCAGAGGCAAUGCCUCUGGGUAAUUUGCGACAACAGCCAGAUAACCCUAAUCCCUUCCCAUUCAAGUGGUCCCCUGCAGGUUUCAUAUAUUUAGGUAUAUACAUUACACCUAAAUUUGACCAGAUGUUUCAAACCAACUUUAACCCACUAUUCAAUAAAAUUAAAGAAGAUCUGGAAAGAUGGAACAGUCUUCCCAUAUCAUGGCUAGGCCGGAUCUCACUUCUGAAAAUGAAUAUCCUUCCACGUUUGCUCUAUCCUACACAAAUGAUUCCCAUCUUAUUCAAUCAUAAAAUAGUGAAAAGACUGAAUGGUUGGUUCAGCUCCUUUAUCUGGUGUAAACGCAGACCACGGAUUAGGUUGCCCAUCUAAGAUACAUAGCUGAUUGGAUCAAAGAUGACGCUUCUUCAAUUUGGCUUGAUAUCGAGAAGACUUUGUCCAAGUGUCCUCUAAAAAAUCUACUUUUUGUUGAUAAACCAAAAUGUAUUAGAAAGCUCUGUGGCAACCCGGUUACAAUUAAUACUGUUAGCGCAUGGAGGAUCACCCGGCAUAUAGAAGGCAGAUCAGGGCUUACGUCGGUUUUUACCCCGAUCACUGAUAACCCUGACUUUCUCCCAGGAACCUUGGACAUGGCUUUCAAACGCUGGACAGCUAAGGGAAUUUCCUCCUUAGGUGAUCUUUUUGAUGGUCCCAUUCUCAUGACUUUUAAUCAAAUUAUGCAAAAAUAUGGCGUAUCAAGAAAUGAUCUUUUUCGUUAUUUUCAGAUCCGUGAUUUUAUUAUUAAAGACACAUCAUUGCUUGCUGAUAUGAAUGUCACAAAAAUAGAAAAACAAGUGCUUCUUUCUCAGGGGGAUGCUUCCAUUAGAACCUUCUAUGGUGGUCUGAGGGAUUGCCCAAAUUUCAGCACUCGGGCGCUGGGAGUGAUCUGGGAGAGGGAGCUGGGUGUUGUGAUAACUGAGGAGAUGUGGGAGGACAUCUGGGAUAAUGCGAGGAAAAUAACAGUUUGUAAUCAAACAAGAGCAAUGCAAAUUAAGAUACUGCAUAGAGCACAUGUUGCUCCAAACCGUCUGUCCAAAUACAGAAAAGAUGUCUCUCCAUUUUGUCUUAAAUGUAAGGCAGGAACUGAUGAUCUUACCCACUGCUACUGGUCUUGUGUUAAAAUACAAAAAUAUUGGAAUGAUGUCUUAUUUGAAAUACAAAAGGUUCUGAAGAUGAAACUUGAACUUGACCCGGUCUCCCUCCUUCUGGGUCUUUCCAGUGGCCGUGUAACUGAUACAUAUCAGAAAAAACUGACAUUUUGUGCCAGGAAAAAUAUUCUUCAACACUGGACUUCAGAUAAAGCCCCCUCAGUUGCGGGAUGGCAUAGGACAAUAAUGGAAUAUAUACCUCUGGACUUUCUGACGUGUCUCCUGCACUACAAAACUAAUGCCUUUGAAAGAAUAUGGAAACCAUUUCUUGAAUAUAUCAGUGUAAACAUUUCUGUUAUAAUGACAAGGGCAUUUGUAUAGAAAGCUGUUUUUUCUUCUUCUUUUUUUUCUUCUUUUCUUUUUCUCCCACUGUAUCUCACCUAUGCUGAAUAAUAUACCUGUCAUAUUACCUAGAACUGCUCUUUCGGUUUGAUUCUGGUCUUUAUAUUGUUACUCCCAGCUGUUUUUUUUAAUUUUUAUUUUUUUUAUGUGGUCUUGUCUUGUGUAUGUAUGUUUGUUUAUUGACAAAAAAUUAAUAAAUACAUUAAAAAAAAACAAAAAAAAACAACACAAGCAUAUUUAUGCACAGCAAUGCCUCUGGUUAGCCACGUUAUGUGGCCAAAACAUGUCACAGAGAUGUUGAAAAUAAGAGGUGGCCUGAAAAAAAUAGCACAAAAUAUUGGCAAUUAUAAAAAUCCUUUUAAAAUGAAGGUAUGAAAUGGCUGAACUAAUGUCAGAGAGGGCGGAGACCAUCUUGUACGUGGUUUUCUCAUGAUUAGUAUUGAAUGAGCUUCAGACAUCUUGCUGGUAGAGGGUAGACUGCUGAAGCCCUGCAGUGUGCAUGGGAAUGUAAACAGGCUCUAGGUGGGGCUGUUAAGGUUAAUGAAAACACAGUUAUCAGAGAGUUAGAGACACUAGACAUGUACAGGAAACACUGAUUAACAGCAGCACACUUCUAGCAACACAUUGCCAGACAAUACAUGCUUGCAACACAACAUGGAGCCUCAGUUUGGAGGAAAACAUUUCACUGUCCAUUUCAUUUUAGUUCUGCUGUGUUGUGUGUUGGCAGAUGAAGAUAAGGAAAUAGUGAAAGCAAGAGAGGGAGCAACUGUCACCCUAAAGACAAAAGAAACCAAACGCAACAGUAAUGAACAGGUAUUGUGGACUUUUGGACCCAUGAACCCGAACGUGCGUAUCGCCAGUGUGAAGAAGUCAGAGGUCAAUAGUGACUACAACGAGCAUUUCAGAGACAGACUGCAGCUGGACACUCAGACUGGAGCUCUGACCAUCUCUCAGCUCAGAGUCAGUGACACUGGUGUUUACAAGCGCCAAUUCAUCAGCUCCAACAUCAUUUCUCAGCAUUUCCACCUUAUUGUCUACAGCUCUGUACGCCCUCCAUCUAUCAAGGUCAAUGCAUCUUUCGACAACAAAAGCUGUAGCUCAGUCUGGUUUGAGUGCUCUGUGGAGAACAGCAGAGAUCUGAUCCUGUCCUGGUACAGAGGGAGAGACAGACUGAAAGAGACAAGUGGUCCUGAUCUGUCCCCCAGGCUGUCUCUUGUUUUGGAAGUAGAGUCUCAUGAUGAAGAUGACUACAGCUGUGUGGCUGAAAACCCUGUUGAAGAAAAAGCCACUAAACUCCACAGAGAGGACACAUGUCCACAAAACACAGAGAGUAGCAGCUGGUGUCAGACUGAAGCAACGGUACUACUGGUUAUCUCUGCUAUAAUUGGAAUGGCUUUGAUUAUUGUUGUGGUGGACCACAUCAGACUCAGAAGAUGAACCUAGCUGGAGUCCUGAGGAUUCUGUCAUCACAUCGUCAUCACAGUCUCUCAAGCUUGACACAGGCUGGAACUUGUGACUAAUGUUCCCUAGAAACCACCCAGAGAGUUUAGACCUGCACAGACUGGGCACACAUGUCACAAGUUGUAUUUAAGAAUGGACAAGGCGUCAAAACUUUUCACCCGAUCUCUAUCACAAAUACACAACGUGAGAUACAGUGACGCUG